UUCGAAACUCUUGUUCCUGAACCGUACGAGUAGCCUAGAUCAUGGAAGUCGCUCCUGCUGUUGCUGCUCCUGCGCCUGCUGUCGCGGCACCGGUGAAAGCAACUAAGAAGAAGACGGCAGCACCUAAGCCGAGGAAUGUUGGACCCAGUGUGAGCGACCUCAUCGUCAAAGCCGUGUCCGCCUCCAAAGAGCGCAGCGGAGUUUCUCUGCCGGCGCUUAAGAAACUCUUGGCCGCCGACGGCUACGACGUGGAGAAGAAAAACUCCCGUGUCAAGACCGCCUUGAAGAAUCUGUUGGAAAAGGGAACCCUGGUCCAUACCAAGGGCAACGGAGCUUCUGGUUCUUUUAAGAUCAGCAAAGAGGAGAAGAAGCCAUUAACUAAGCCUGCUGCCCCUAAAGCUAAGAAGAACGCUGCCAAGAAGCCCGCCGCCGUCGAGAAGUCUCCCCGAAAGGUGAAGACACCACGGAGUGUUACCCCCAAGAAGGCCCAAAAGCCCGCUGCGGCCAAAAAGUCCCCGAUCAAGAAAAGCCCCAAGAAGGUUGUAGCCAAGACUAUAAAGAAGGCGCCCAAGCCUGUCGUUAAGAAAUCUCCCGCAAAGAAAUCCCCGGGGAAGAAGGCAUCCAAGCCCAAAGCCGUCAAGAAGACGGCCCCGAAGAAGAAGUAAUCUCACUUAGUUUUUGUUGAAAAACCCAAAGGCUCUUUUAAGAGCCAACCACACUA